UAUCACGUGACGCAAGCUAUUUACGACCAUGUCAGGUCCAUGUCUAUACCGAUGCUGUGCUAUACACCCGAAUAUGCAGGAAUCACGCCAGUUUUCCUUCGUGCGACUGUCGAGGCAUCUACCAGGACCAUAUCAGCAUCAACAUUGAGUAUGCCGCAUUCAUGUCACCCAGCUUCCAUCCUGCGAUGAUCGCAGCGUACCGUUCUGAGGCCAAAAUGUCCUGAUGAGCUGGGCAACUCAUUGUUCAUCUGGCCGAUCCAUGCAUGUCGCGUGGCUGCAUUCACAUUUGAGAUGCAGUUCUAGCCUCACGUGCUCGAGCAGACAUCCUGGUCGCCUGGAGAAAAGGAAUAGUUCGAAACAACCAAGCCUGACUCGCCAGCCGCUCAUCGUAUUCCGUUUUGGGCAACGGAGCAUCGGCCGACCGUUUCUAUACCUCCAGCCCCCUCUGCUGGUCAUGAGACAGGUGCUGUGGAUGGACAGCUACAUUGUCGUAUUUCUGUUCUUCUCCUUGGCUUUUAGGGGUUGCGACAAGACAAGAUAGACUUUGAGCUCGAGCAACGACACAUCACGUCUUUACGCAUCCAGCUAAUCCACUCUGGCAGGUACACAACAAUGCUCCUUCCCAGCUCCAAGUUUCUUUUGCCUUCUUUGAUACCUAUCGAUGCUCUGGCGCCCGUCGCCCACCGGAGUGUGGCCAGAUGUUAUUCAACACCCCUACAACGGGCCAAGUUCAGAUCCUGGCCACGGCGGGUGUAUUUCUAGCGAUUAGCUGGAUCACAUUAGGCCUUCGCUUCUGGGUCCGCUUCGUCGUCAUCAAGAAUCCAGGCUGGGAUGAUGCCGCCUUGCUGUUUACUGCAUUGAUAUUCACUGGCUUCUGUACCACGUUGAUUCUGAUCGAAACAGUCGGCGGCGCAAACAGGGUCAAUGAACUGAAUUUUCCACAGCUAAAUCGCCUGAUUGGAAUGGUGAUCGCUGCUCUUGAACUCUAUCUUGCAACCAUGGUGGUCUUCAAGAUUUCACUGGCAAUCUUUUACCUCCGGAUUGUGAUCCGGACUUGGCAGCGAUACGUUGUGAUCGGGGCAUGCGUUAUCAAUACGAUCUACGGCGUAUUCCUCCUUUUUACGGCGCUAUUCAACUGCGGCAACCCCAGCAAAUAUCUUAUAAACGAGAUCAAAGGCGCGUGUCUGUCUAAUACCGUGACCAAUGGCAUACAGCUUGCAGGGUGUAUACUCAACGCAGCCACGGACGGUAUAUUCGCACUCCUUCCCGUCUCCAUCCUAUACAAAGCUGCAAUACCGCUCUCUGCAAAGUUCAUCUCUGGCUUCAUAUUGCUACUUGCUUGCGGCGGCAGUAUUGUCAGCGUGAUUCGCAUACGCUACAUUGACGGGCUGGUACCCGGGCCGGACUUCUUCUCCACGAUGAUCAACUUGUGCAUACUAUCGAUCGUCGAGUGCGGAGUGGGAAUAUCAGCAGCAUCUGCGGCCACGUUACGACCACUCUUCUGCAGUCUGAUGCAGCAGGUGCGUCCCGUCAUCACUUCGCAAGGGUCCAACGCCGUAAAAGGAAAAUCGUCGCCGGGCUAUUCUGUCGAGGCACGGAGCUCCCAGGCCAUGUCUCCGCCUCCUGGAAAUCACGAGCUGUUUGAAUUCGAGGAUCGAGACUAUGUCAGCCGAUUCAGUCGAUGGAGCGAUUGGAGUCUUGGACCUGGGCAGAAAGGGUCACGCGCAAAAGCUAGACUCGGGACCACUGGUAUGGACGUACCAGAGAGCAAUCAGCAGACUGCGAAAGAUUCCGUCGCCUACGAAGUCCUGGAGCGCGAUACAUCAAUAUCUCCUCUCCGUCCACUUCCCCCACCACCAGAGCCACCACAGCCACCACCCAAAUCGGGAGAACAAGUCGUCACGCGGACAAAAAGCAAGAGAACGAAAUCCCAGAUCAAGCGCACGCUCAGCGUCCGAGACAGAGGCAUCUCCGCGCCCAUACCCCACAUCGUGAGCCAGAUCUCACCUACGACUGCGUCGCACAUGCCGUCAGCCUUCAAUGUGGAUCGCAGAAGACGAGGGUCGCCCGACUGGGAAUAUCCGGAUGGCUACGACCCAUGGUCACCAGGGCCGGUAUGAACGAUAUGAAAAUGUACAACACAGACGGCAGAGAUAGAUGAAGGUAUGAGCGAACUGGCGUUCAAGGAUGAGCGAUACAGCGAUACACCGGUACCAAAGAUACCACGAUACAGCGAUACCGCGGUACAACAGUACAUCGAUACAGCGAUACAACAGUACAGCGCUACAGCGCUACAGCGAUAUAGCGACAUAGCGAUACAACAGUACCGGGACACAGCGAUACAGCGAUACAACGGGGUGACAACAGGUACAACAGUACAAUGGAUGUUUUCCUUUAUAGGCGAGAGUGCGAGCGAGUUUUGUGAUACCAGAAAAAUGACCUUCCUGCCUACUACCUUAUGUAACA